AUAUCGAUAACACCGAAGGUUUUUCCAUCGCAUUUACUUUUAUUAUUAUUAUUGUGCUUUACAACAGAAUGCGGAGCAAGCAAUUUAUAUUUCUCGCCAUUUCGGCCUGCUUUUUGGUGACCAUAAAAUCGACGCCCUUAAGCGACAUAUCGGAUUCGGAUGAAUCAACUUCGGUGGAUGAAAAACCACAGAAAAAUCCAGAUGAUUAUAGUAAAUUUGGCGUGUUCCCCUUUAAGGAUGAAGAUGAAUCAUUGCAAGACUCUUCGGGGGAGAUGUCCGUACAGGAUCACAACUGGGAUGUUUUAAUUUUCACGCAACAAUGGCCGGUGACCACAUGCUAUCAUUGGCGCGAGGAAAACCCCGACCAAGAGUGCAGUUUGCCCCAAAAGAAGGAAUUUUGGACCAUCCACGGCAUCUGGCCAACGAAACUUCACCAACUCGGACCCAAUUUCUGCAAUAAUUCAGCCAGCUUCAAUCCGGACAAGCUUGAACCAAUUGAGGAUCGUUUGGAGACUUUUUGGCCAGAUCUUAAGGGAGAGGAUACCACGGAGUGGCUGUGGAAACACGAGUGGCAGAAGCAUGGAACGUGUGCUAUGCUUCUAGAGGAACUAGACAGCGAACUAAAGUACUUUCAAAAAGGACUAUCAUGGAGGGAGGAGUACAUUAUGUCGCGUAUCUUGGAUGCCUCUGACAUUCAUCCUGAUUCCAACAACACGGUUGCGGCAAUAAAUAAUGCAAUAGUCAAAGCACUGGGAAAGAAUCCCUCGAUCCAUUGCCUGUACGACAGCAAACACGGCAUCAGUUAUCUCUCGGAGAUUCGAAUUUGCUUUAGCAAAUCGCUGGAGCUCAUUGAUUGCGAUGGUGUCAAACAGGGCGAUGCAGUGCCCGUUGGCGUUCCCGGUGGCACCAUUAUCACCAAUUGCCAUAUCGGCAGUCUCGUUCAUUAUCCGAGCUUGGUGCCACCGCAGCAAAGGAAAAGCAAUUGGAAGUUACCAUUGGUUAACGUCUACAAACUGCUGCAGUUCCUCAUGUGGUUCACCUUGUAAAGAGGACAUUUUUGUAACCCAAGUUGGGAAAUAUUUUGAGGCGCGCCUUAGGAGGACUCAUCGUUAACUCCACUAUUGUUUAAUCCUUCCAUUGAUUUAAUGUUUUGGAGAUUCGAAGCUUAACAAUCAUAAGCGUACGUACGUUUUAAAUAGCUGCAAAUCUAGUAAAUUAUAAACAAAAGAGGUCAUAUUUUAUAUUAUUAUUACUUGCGAAGGUCUAUGAACUUAUAUAUUCACAUUUGUUGGCCACUUAUAAUUGAUUACUUACCCUAAAUCGAUGGUAUUAUUUGAAAUUGUACAAAAAUGGAUAUUUUCAACGAAGCAAUAUCAUCAAGUUUCACACUUAUUAGUUUUUAAGCUCACAUUUGUUGGGAUUAACUUUAUCCCUUUCAUUGCAGGGGACAUGGAUAUUCGAUUAAAAAGACAACAAUUAAUAUGUAUUUUGAAA